AUGCCGAUGACCGAUGAAACCGAUCACAGCGGCGGGGUCAUUCUCGAUGGCCCCUUCGAUCCUGACGCGCAGGCGACCGUAACUGAUUUCAUCGACUAUACGGAAUACCUCCCAGCCGAUCUUAUCCGUUCCCUCACCCUUAUCCGUGGUCUUGACGACCGCUAUCUCGACUCCGCGCAAGACAUCCAUGAGCUCACCAAGACCUACGGACAACUUCCUGAACUCGCAUCCGAUGAGCGCCCCAGCGCGAUUGCCCUUCGCCGCGAUAUCUCACACCAGCUGGAUCGCGCGAUUAAUUCCCGGGAAUCUGCCUACGCAGAGGCUUGCCGCAUCUAUGAUGUUGUGGAUCGCCACUUUGAUCGCUUGAGCUGCAUUCGCCAGAAACUGGAGACCCUACCGAGACCCCCUUCUAUUGAGCCAUCGCCUCCACCUGAGUCUAAUGCGAAGCGUUCGCGCAAGGACAAGAAAUCGGGUGCACCCACGCCGCGUAUCACCUUGCGCCUGGAUGGCAAACCCGGAAGUUCGCAGAAGUCCAGAUCUCGACGCGCCGGUGUCGCAGACCACCUAGUCGGCUUUAACCCGGACUCUCCGAUUGCCAGCACCGAGCAGUCAGAUGCCGAGGCUGAUCUUGACAUAGUUGCACCCAAGCCUGCUAAACCCUCAAAGAAGGAGAAACAUGCCCGACGACCUAGCUCGGGUACCCAAGCUUUGACAAGUGCUGCGCUUGCUCUGUUAAAGCCCCCGCCUCCAGACGCGAAAAUUGGUAGCGAGGAUUUGCCAUGGCUGCGACUGACCGAGUGGGAGAUGACUAGGCUGCGGAAGAAGAUGAAGAAGAAUGCAGUCUGGCAGCCAAGCGAAGUGAUGAUCCAUCGUGAACUAUCCCUCUCUGGUCGUGGCUGGGAGGCCUACCGCGCUGCCAAGGCUCUGGCUGAAGAGGCUGGAGAUGAUUUGAUUGAUUGUGACAAUAUUGAGCUGACCCACCGAGGCGAGAAGCCAAAGGAAUUGGAUCAGACAAAGCUAAGCAACCGAGGCAUGAAGUUGAAUGAGGCUAAGAAGCUAAAGCGAGAGUUGCUCGCACGAGAAGCGGCAGCUAAUGGAGAGAUAGAUUUGACUGUGAAGCUUCCAGCUGUUCAAGAGACACCUGUUAGCCGAUCAUCACGUAAAAGAAAGCGGGAGGUCGCCGAAGAUGAUAUUGAGGAAUUCCUGUUUGAUCCGACAUCUGCGCCGGUGCCUCCUGUACUGGCACCCCCUGUACUGGCACAAGCAACAUCAAAAUCACGUCGACGAUCCAGUCGAGGAACAGGUCCCAAUGGCCUAGGGGAUGCGCCCCUCCCUGUUCCCACGAUUUCGACCAAACCUACCAACACACCUACCCCACCUGUGACGCGACCUUCAUCUCGACGCUCUGCGGCCGCAGCGGCCGAGCUUGGCGGCUUGGCUAGUGGUGCCUCCAUAAAUGCAGCUGGUGCACGAGACCUGCGUAUCAAGAGCGCUACGCCGGCCCGUAAGACUCCAAUUCGGGAGACUUCUCACGCACCCAGUGUUCCAGGCCCAGCUCGUCGACGAAAGCGUCCCGCACCUGGUCCUGUUUCCUCUGGUCAGGAUGGUGGUGCCGCUGUGAGCUAUGGCCGUCGUAAGGCCAAGCCAGGAAAGAAGCGUCUUAGCAUUCUGGACGAUGUUCGUGUUGACGAAGACGGGGUUGUUGAGAAGAUUGAUGCAAAUGAACCGCGAUACUGUCUCUGUGGAGACGUGAGCUUUGGAACGAUGAUCUGCUGUGAGAAUCAAGAUUGCGAUCGCGAAUGGUUCCACCUCGACUGUGUUGGCCUGUCUGAGGUCCCUUCGCGUACAGCUAAAUGGUACUGCCCUGAGUGUCGCGUGAAGUUGAGUAAGGGCAUUGAUGGGAUCGUCAAAGGCGGGUCUCGGCGAUAA